AUGCCCUUCGUAGCCCGAAAGUUGGAGCCAAAGUUCCUGUGCCGGGGACACGUGCCGUACGGCUCUGGAGCGGCGCGCGACUGGCCCGUCGGUGCCGAGCUCGAGGCCGCGGCCAACGGUGCGCUCAGCGGGUCCCUCAAGCAACUGGCGUCGCUCCUUGGAGCGGCCGAGGACAUCUUUGCCGAGUUGACGACCGAACUGACCGGCAUAGCCGAGAGGAGCGCCAAACUCAGGCGGAGGAUCGACCGGGUCGAGGAGAGCCUGCUGGCUCAGGAUCCCAAGAAGAUACCAGUCCGCAGACCCUUCUCCUCUGGCUGA